CUUCCCUAUAAAAAACCCACCCACCUCGCCAUGGGCAUACCCAACUAAACAAGAAGCUCCUUUAUGGUGAUGCUAUUGUAUUAUAUAUACACAUUGAUCACCAUGCGUAGGGGCCGACCUUCCGGCGUAGCUGCUGCUUUCUUGGCUGUUGCCAUUACAGUGGUUUCAGUGUUGAGCACGAAAGCGCCGCGAGCCGAGGCUGCUCGCGCUUUCUUCGUGUUUGGCGACUCGCUGGUCGACAACGGCAACAACAACUACUUGGUCACCUCCGCCCGGGCGGACUCACCGCCGUAUGGCAUCGACUACCCCACCCACCGACCCACCGGUCGCUUCUCUAAUGGCUUAAACAUCCCCGACAUCAUCAGUGAACAGCUGGGGUCGGAGCCCACAUUGCCAUACUUGAACCCUGAGCUGAACGGAAGGAAACUACUCGUCGGCGCGAACUUUGCGUCCGCCGGAAUCGGAAUCCUCAACGACACCGGAGUGCAGUUUGCAAACAUAAUAAGAAUUUACCAGCAAUUGGCGUUCUUCCAACAAUACCAAGACCGCGUAAGUUCGUUGAUAGGACCGGCGGAGACGCAGCGGUUGGUGAACGGAGGUCUGGUCCUCAUCGUGCUCGGCGGCAACGACUUCGUCAACAACUACUUCUUCACCCCAAUUUCCGCCAGAAGACUUCAGUUCUCUCUCCCGGCCUUCUCCCGGUAUCUCAUCUCCGAGUACCGCAAGAUCCUCUUGAGGCUGUACGAGUUGGGAGCCCGGAGGGUGAUGGUGACCGGAACGGGGCCGCUGGGUUGCGUACCGGCGGAGCUGGCCACGAGAAGCGUAAACGGGCAGUGCGCGGUGGAGCCGCUACAAGCCGCUGCCAUCUUCAACCCAGCACUGAUCCAGAUGAUUCAGGGUCUCAACCAAGACAUUGGGUCCGACGUGUUCGUCGCCGUUAAUGCUAUGCAAAUGCAGAGGGACUUCAUCUCCGACCCCCAAGCUUUCGGUUUUGUUACGUCGAAGGUGGCGUGCUGUGGGCAGGGGCCGUACAACGGGCUAGGAGUUUGCACCCCGGCGUCGAACCUGUGCCCGAACCGAAACAUCUAUGCAUUUUGGGAUCCGUUUCAUCCGACUGAAAGGGCGAAUAGAAUCAUCGUACGGCAGAUGAUGACUGGGACAACCAAGUACAUGAACCCCAUGAACCUCAGCACCAUCAUGGCCAUGGACUCCAGAAACUAAGAAUUAAUUGGUAGCUCCAACUCCAAGCUGUAUGAUACGUACUGAUGUAGAAUUUCCUUUAUAUAUAUAUAUAUAUAUAUAUAUGUAUGAUCUGUGUGGUUUGAGUGGCUAUAUGUUCUGCCUUGGGACUGAUCUUCGUGUUGUAAGUUAAUCUCUCCCAAGUGUAUUUAUGUUGUUUGAAGUGUAAUUUAAACCCCUUGAAGUGAAAGAGAUAAUGGUACCCUUUCCGACGACUUUAUCA